AUGGCUAAUAUCUCAGUUCCGCUAAUUAUUAAUGGCAAAGAGGAGUUCUCCUCAACAACAUUCGACGUUAUCAGUCCCUACACUAACCAGCCAUGUUGGUCCGCUGCGGCAGCUACCACGCAAGAUGCAGUACGAGCCGUCGAGGCUGCAGACGCUGCAUUCCCAGCUUGGUCGCAGACCAAACCCACCGCCAGACGAGAUAUCUUGCUUAAGGCGGCUGAUCUCUUAGAAGAACGAUUGGAGGUGAAUGCGAAGUAUAUGCGCACUGAAAUGGGUGCAGAUGUGGGUGCGUCGCAGGAAUUUGUUGUACCGUUGGCCAUUCGAAUGUUGCGCGAGGUCGCUAGUCGCAUUACUUCUAUUUGUGGAAGUGUGCCUGUUGUUGAGGCUGAUGGACAGAGUGCAAUGGUCUUUAAGGAGGCUAUGGGUGUUAUUUUGGGAAUCGUACCAUGGAACGCACCUUACGUUUUCGGUAUCCGAUCUGCUGCAUGCGCCCUCGCAGCUGGAAAUACCACCAUCGUUAAAUCCUCAGAACUUACGCCACGCUGCUACUGGGCUAUUGGUCGCGCAUUCGAGGAUGCAGGCCUCCCAGCUGGUUGCCUGAACAUCAUCCACUGUCGCCCUCAAGACGCACCCGAGAUAGUGAACGCCAUGAUUGAGCACCCAGCUGUGCGCAAAAUCAACUUUACUGGAAGUACGGCUGUAGGCCGAAAGAUUGCGCGUGCAUGUGGACAAAAUUUGAAGCCUUGUUUGAUGGAAUUGGGUGGGAAGAAUAGCUCUAUUGUGUGUGCGGAUGCGGAUAUGCAGACUGCUGUACAGGGAGUUCUUGCAGGUACUUUCUUGAAUUCUGGUCAGAUUUGCAUGGCAACAGAUCGUAUCCUCGUUCACUCAUCUAUUGCCCCUGCCUUCAUUGAGGCCUUACAAAAUGCCCUCGCCGCCGGCGCAGAUUCCUCCUCUCUUCCACCUACACUUGUCAAUACUGCUUCAAAAACCCGUGUAGAGGCUCUCAUCACCAGUGCUGUGACCGCUGGUGCACAUUUUAUUUCCGGCUCUGCAGAAACCAAGGUUUCCUCUGACUCCGGUGUGCGCAUGGUGCCGUCCAUCUUGGGCGGCAUGAAAGAAGAUAUGCCUCUCUGGCAAGAAGAAUCAUUUGCAUCUGUCGCUGCCUGUAUGACCUUCGACAGUGAGGAGGAAGCUAUUCGACUAGCCAAUAGUAGCGGGUAUGGGCUAUCUGCGGCGGUCUUCACGGAAGAUCUACGAAAAGGCUUGGCGAUGGCUAAGCGGAUUCAAUCUGGAGCGGUGCAUAUCAAUAGCAUGACCAUUCAUGAUGAGCCGGUGCUGCCGCAUGGUGGUGUGAAGAAUAGUGGAUGGGGUCGUUUUAAUGCUGCAGAGGGAUUGAAUGAAUUUUUGGUGACGAAGAGUGUUACUUGGAUGGACUAG